CUGAAGCCAACCGUGAAAUGGGGGUGAACUCGUCGAAGCUCCCGACGCUCGGCAGCUACCCCGCCAUUAUUAACCUGUCCAGGCGGGAUUGUCACGGUCCUCAACACCUCGACCCCGCCAUGACCUCGAUUCUUCCCAUCCACGUUGAUCCUGCAACCACUUGACCUGGACUACAUAAAGGACGCAUCACGACUCUCAUACCGACGAAGUGCUUACAAUAGAGAUACGUAGACACUCACGACCGCAAAACCAGCCAACAAUUACCUACCGGACCUCGCGCACGCGAUGCAAUCUCCGGCCGCUGGCGCCUCCCCCUCCCCCGCCCCCGGGACCGCCGCCUUCACGUUCCCGCGCGAGUACUACUUCCCGCCCUUCUUCACGUGGCAGACGAACCUGACGACGCACCACGCGCAGCUGACCAAAUGGGCGGCGCUGGUGCUCGCGUACUGCCGGCACCACCGCAUUUUCCGGCUGGCGCUGUCGACGGGCAUGUCGGCGUCUGCGCCCAUGACAGCAGGAGGCGGUGGUGACUCUUCCCACGCAGACGGCGGCGGCGGCGCGGGCGAGCUGUUCCACAACCGGCAGAUCGGGCGGCGCAUCGGGCUGGCGGACGCGCGGGAGGUGGUUGAUUUCCUGCGCAAGGACGGGCGGGCGGAGUACGUGGGCGGCGCGGGCGACGACGGCGAGGGCUUCGGCGGCGGCAACAGCUCAGGGGUAGGAGGGGGGGGAGACGUGGCGUGGAUCUACUGGCGGACGCCCGAGGAGUGGGCGGCGCUGGUGGAGGCGUGGGUGGACGAGACGGGGCAGAAGGGCAGCGUGCUGACGCUGUACGAGCUGACCGAGGGCGACGCGACGCGAGGGACAGAAUUUCACGGCCUGGAUCCCGAACUGCUACAGAAAGCCCUUCACGUCCUUGUCAAGCGGGCCAAGGCGCAAAUCUUCGGGCACGAGGAUUCCCAGGGCGUUAAGUUCUUCUGAACAGGCAAGGCACGCUUCUUAGGCCGGACACAGAGAAAUUCUUGCUUUAUUACUUUGGGAGAGGGAGAAAGAGGUCCCCAGAAGCCACGUAUCUACGUGGCCGCGCUCCCCCAGAAAGCUCAAUCUAACCAGACAGUCCGCAGAGGGGCGUGAUGUAAAUGUGGGCGACUCCGAAACUCGCACACUCGAGACAAAGGGACACCCAGUCGAGCCUGACUCCCUAGCUAUAUAAAUCCAACAGGAAGCGCAGCAAAUACCCCAACACCAGUAAUGCUCGCCUGCUAGCGAAAAAUUGAUCCACCUCAAACCCCCAAAUAUACGCUGGUAGCUCAGAACUUAUUCUCGUCAAAAUACCUCGUCACCAAAUGCUUGGGAUCAAAUAUCAGCUCCUGCUUCAUCGCCACGUCCAGCAGCCAGUCCGUCACAACGAUGCGGGGCUCCAUGUUGCCCU